GAACGUCUGUGUGCCACUUAAAACUACAUUUACCAGAAGCCCCUUAAAACGCAGGUGCAGCGGCAACUUGUUGCUUCGUGCCGGAAAUAGAAGUGACCUCCGAUUUACCAGAGUAGUGGGAGAGCCGCUGUCAUUCUGAACCAGCUGAACAUGGCUGAGCCUAUUAGAGUCCUGAUAACCGGCGCUGCAGGGCAGAUUGCCUAUUCCCUUCUCUACACCAUCGCCAAGGGAGAUGUCUUCGGCAAAGAUCAGCCUCUCAUACUGGUUCUGUUGGACAUCACUCCCAUGUUGCCAGUCCUGGAUGGUGUGGUUAUGGAGCUGCAGGACUGUGCUCUCCCAAUUCUGAGAGAGGUCAUCCCUACUGAUAAAGAGGAUGUUGCAUUCAAAGAUUUGGAUGCUGCCAUCCUGGUGGGGUCCAUGCCAAGGAGAGAUGGCAUGGAGAGAAAGGACUUGCUGAAGGCCAACGUUGCUAUCUUUAAGUCCCAGGGGGAGGCGCUUGACAAGUACGCCAAGAAGACAGUCAAGGUUCUAGUUGUUGGUAACCCAGCGAAUACCAACUGUUUGAUCGCAGCCAAAUCCGCCCCCUCCAUCCCCAAAGAGAAUUUCUCCUGUUUGACACGUCUCGAUCACAACAGGGCUUGCUCUCAGGUGGCAAUGCGUUGUGGCAUCUCUGCUAACAGUGUGAAGAAUGUAAUCAUCUGGGGAAAUCACUCCUCUACACAGUACCCAGACGUCCAUCACUGCAAGGUUAAUGUGCAGGGGAAGGACGUGACUGCCUUUGAUGCAGUGAAGGAUGAUGCCUGGCUGAAGGGAGAGUUCAUUUCUACAGUGCAGCAGCGUGGUGCUGCAGUCAUUAAGGCCAGGAAGCUCUCCAGUGCCAUGUCAGCUGCUAAGGCUAUCUGUGACCACAUGAGAGACAUUUGGACAGGCACUCCUGAGGGGGAGUUCAUCUCUAUGGGUGUCUAUUCCACUGGAAACUCUUAUGGAAUUCCCGAGGACCUUAUUUACUCAUUCCCUGUUACAGUCAAGGAUAAGACCUGGAAGAUUGUUGAUGGGCUUGCCAUUAAUGACUUCUCAAGAGCCAAGAUGGAUGCAACAGCAGCUGAAUUAGUGGAGGAAAGAGACACCGCUGUCUCUUUCCUGGGUGUUUGACUAGAAACCCAACCAUCUACAUCACAUUUAGAUGCCCAGAAAACUCUAGAAGCAUGGCUGUAAAACACUCCUGAAUAUCUUUUUGUAUCUUUGUUCCCCUGAAACUCUGUAACACAACUUCUAGAACUAUCUGUACUUGAAUUUCUUAAAUACUUAGCACAGCUUGGUUAAAUCCAGAAUGCUGACUGACACUUUAGAAGUGGAAUCUAAUCCUCACUGUGCAGCAGGGACUGUGUUGGGUCCUCCACCUGGCUACAGCUCUCAUGUGAGGACACAAAAAGUAGUCUAAAACAAGACAGUAUGUAGACUGCCCUGUUUUAUCCAACUCGAAGAGGUUGCAGAAAAGAUGGCCUUAGCCUGGAAAGUAUAUGAAUUAAGUCAUUCUGUGGCAUUGUCCAACCCUUACAUUAAAAUCUCAUCUGUUACAUGUUAAACAGAGUUUUUUGGAAAUUAUGGGGGAAUGUUUCAUGUGUCAGUAAAAAAGUGGUAAUGGCAGACUGUUACAGAUUUUUCUAUGUAGAAUCCAGUAAUAAAACCCAGAUAUUAAAAUGUG